GCGUGUUUAGUGAACAUUAAUUUAAAUUAUUUAUAAAUCUCUGUCUCCACAUACAGAAGAAGCGAAGACGAAAGAGCACAGUCACAUCAUGCUUCGCACAUACGUGUUUUUGUUGGUCGCCCUUUACUGUAGCGACGGUGUGUUAUCAAAGAGUCUGAUAACACCUUGCAAAAUCGAAGACGGAGCGUGCAUAGAAAAAUCUUGGAUAGCGGCAAGCGAGCAAAUAAUUCAGGGUAUACCAGAACUGGGUAUUGAGCCAGCCGAUCCGCUAUUUAUUGAAAAAAUAGAAGGAAACUUGUCAACACUGAAGUACAAAUACUUCAAUACCACUAUAGUUGGUUACAAGAACUGCAGGAUCUCAGAUGUUAAAGUAAGCAACGACUUCAAAAACUACCACUAUGAGCUGAACAUUCCGGAGCUGAAGUUGCAUGGAAUGUACGAGAUGGCCGGCCGCCUCAUCUCUAUGUCAGUGGAGGGGAAAGGGGAAUUUUUUCAAACUACAGGAAAUUACAAAAUAAUAGUUGACGCAGAAUUAAAAGUAGCCCCCGGCGAUGACGGCAAGUUACACAUGGCUAUUGGGGACUUCAAACUAAAAUGUUAUCCACUCACGGCGAUCCACUUUGAUUACAGAAAUCUAUUCAAUGGGGAUAAGGACUUGGGGGACGCAGUUCUCAAGUUUGCCAACGAGUCCUGGGAAGAGGUUGCCAACUUGACGCAAGACCCGGUGUUCGAAGCCAUUAUAACAAAACUCAACGAAAACGCGAACAAACUCCUGAAAUUUGUGCCAUUAGAGGAGUUUAUAAUAAACUAAACCAAAAAAUUACGCCUCGAUUUAGACAAACUAUCCUAAAGGUUACAAAAACCUUUAGGAUGUAAUACAAAAUUAUACUACCGAAAAUUAUAACCGAAAGGGGUGUGGAUUUACAUCCUCCUCUUAUCAAGUGAGCCCGCUUUUAUCUUAAAUUACAUCAUCACUUACCUACAGGUGAGAUUGUAGUCAAGGGCUAACUUGUAAAAAUUAAAAAAAAAAUAUUAUUUUCGUCUAAACUACUAUGUAUAAAUGUAAAAGGAUUAAAGGAUAAAUUCAUUAGCGCUUCGGUCCACUAUCUUCAACUCCAAAAAAGCGUAGAGUCAUUCGGUUCAAAACCUUUCGGUUCGAACUUUGGCUUACUUGAUCAACACAACAAAAUCAGUAUUAGGAAUGUGGUUAGACUAUUUACAUGUAUUAAAAAAAGCCGUUAAUGUAUACCUUGGUUUAGUCCAUACCUUUCAUAACAUUAGACAAUAACGGGCAACGGUCAUAAUGUGAAAAUAUAAUCUCAUUUUGGGUAAUGGUUGGUAAAUAAAAGUUC